UUUCCAUUCACUCUCUCUCACUCUCUCUAUCGAAUUUCGAUCAAAAUCACCAAUUUGCUCCAGAACUUUCUCUCUUAACAUAUUUCUCAAUAAAUUCACAUCACAACUCUCUGCUUUUGGUUACAAAAUAAUCAAAUUCAAACUCUUGGAUGUUUGUCUCUGUUUUUGGUAAUACAAAAGCGAGAUUAGCUAAAGCCACUAGCUCUUUUUUGUGAAAUUUUGUUUUUGAUGCGAUCAAAGCGCUUAAUAUUCGAUUACUCAAAAGGUUUAAGCUGAAAGUGGAGAAGAAACAGCCUGCAAACUAAGCUUCAAUUCCAAUAUUCCUCAUAGCGUUCAUUCUUAUACGACGAGCUUCGUUUCUUUUUUUUUCACCCAAAAAUGUCGAGCAGCUCACUUUAGAACAGACUCGCCCAGAGAUAUACAAGUAGUUUAAGCUGAAAGUGGAGGAAAAUCAGCGUGAAAAAUAAGCUUCAACUUCGAAUAUUCCUCAUAGCGUUCGUUCUUAUAGUGAUUUUCAUUUCGGUUCUCUGCAUCCAAAAAAUGUCGAGUGGUUCCAUUAGAAGAGUCUCGUGCCAAGAUAUACAAGUGGUGGAAAAUCUUAUAGAGCAAUGUCUUCAAUUGUACAUGAGUCAGAAGGAGGUUGUGGAAACUCUAUUGGAUCAAGCAAAAAUAGAACCUGGUUUUACAGAGCUUGUUUGGCAGAAGCUAGAAGAAGAAAAUCAAGAGUUCUUCAGGGCUUAUUAUCUUAGAUUGAUGGUGAAGCAACAAAUAAAUGAAUUCAACAGGUUGCUUGAUCUACAGGUGCAGCUAAUGUGUCAGAUGCAACCAAGUGGAGUUGCUUCACUGCCUACCUGUAAUGGAUCUCAUAUCUCAUCAUUGCACCAGAACUCAGCUUGUUAUGCUUCAGAGCAUACAGUACCAGCUGUGAAGACUGAAAAUAUGUACAUCCCUAUUGUUUCUGGUUUGCCUAAUGCAUUUACUAAUGCUGGAUCAUUGUUGCACCCAAGUAUGCACACUGCUGUUCAAAUGCCUGCUCAUUCUAGUAGGAUUGAUGCCCCACCAAGUAUGCUAUCAGCUCAAAGCUCAAACAUGGGUAUGAUUCAAGGAAUAAAUGGGGGCAUGAUCAAAUCAGAAACUGGAUAUUCUGGCAGUUCCCCUUACAUGUAUGGCUCUGACAGAAAUGUCCUGGAAAUGCAUCCAACGAUUGAAGAUGCAUCUGUUGAAUCUUUCCCUAGUGUACAGUCUAACUCACAACCCCUGAAUGAACAAAUUCUGGAUAUGGAAUCUUCUUCUUUUGGAUCUUUAGGCCAGGAUUCUCGAAAUUUCAGUCUCUCUGACCUGGCAGCAGACUUUUCACAGAGUUCUGGAAUCAAAAAUUUGUGUCCCACUAUGUCUUCAUCAAGUGAUUUUUACUCAAGUUUCAGUCACCAUUUAUGUUCGAGAGAUAGAUGCGCACAAAGGACGUCUUUGACAUUGGAUAAUUUUGGGAGGAGGUUUUAUGGCUGUCACUUUUAUGAUGAGAAAGAGGUACAGGCUUGUAAAUUCUGUGAGUGGUUGGAUAAAAAAACUUGUAAGUGUGGGUCUGAAGUUGCACCAAUAGUCUUGGCAAAAUUCAAGAGGUUGGAGAAUGAGGCAAAGGCCUCUAAUGAGAGGGAAAAACUAGCUCGUGAAAUGGAAGAAAAGGCAAGGGAGAGGGAAAGUAUAGCUAGGCGAAGGGAAGAAAAAUCAAGGGUGAGAGAAAUGAUUGCUCGAGUCAGAGCAAGAAUGUAUAGAGUUACACUGGUUGUGUCAUGGGUUCUAUUUGCUUUCUUUGUAUUUUCUAGUAGGAUUGAGGAUGUUGGAUUGAAGUCAUUGAGUCUUGCAUAAGGAUUGUGGUAUAUGAUAUGUAAGAUGUUGUAUUUUAAUGACUUGAAGACAAUUUGUAAUGAAUGUCAUUACUUAAAACCAAGUUUUUACCAAAA